CGCAAGGCACUGAAAAUUUUUCCCCAAGAACAGCUAGAGAUAUACAGCAAUUUCGGCGCCAAUUUGAACUUCCUCAAUCCUCCCCCUCCACCAAAACGAUUUCCACAAUUUUGAAGCUCUCACAUCUCUCUCUCUCUCUCUCUCUCCUCUGCUUAUGUCGACCGAAGGUCUCCAAACCCAGCGACCACCCGCACACCCGUACUUGAUGAAAUCAAUUUCUUCCACAUUCAGAUCAACAAUCACCUUAACUUCCCUUAAAUUCAAAUGCUUGUGUGCUUUGUCGUCCCCAAAUUCGACCAUAACCGAAGAACUAACCCUCAUCCCAACUCGCAAAAAGAGCGUACCGAGUAGUACUAAGAACCCAAGAGAAAGGGGAGGAGUACGGGCUAGGGUUUCUGACGCUCAGUUGAAGGAGAAGUGGUUGGAUUCUCUCACUUGCCCGUGCCCCCAUGACCUCUUGCGGCCCAAUUCCGGUGUUUCCGACGUAGGCCGGAGUGAUUCGGACUCCCCGUGGGUGAUUGGGGUCGACCCGGAUGUUUCUGGAGCCUUGGCUCUUCUGAAAAAUGAUGACUUGGGUUGUUCUCCUCAGGUAUUUGAUUCUCCUCACUUAAAAUUACUGGUAGGCAAAAGAACUCGCCGACGUUUGGAUACUAAGUCCAUUGUUCAGCUUCUUAAGAGUUUUGAUGCUCCAGUUGGAUCCACUGCAUAUGUAGAACAAUCCACACCUUAUCCACAAGAUGGUAAACAGGGAUGGUGGAGUGGAGGAUUUGGAUAUGGAUUAUGGAUUGGGAUCUUAGUCGCCUCAGGGUUUUCUGUCAUUCCUGUGCCAUCUACUUUGUGGAAGAAUGAGUUCAAACUCACUGGAAACGGCUCAAGUAAGGAUGACAGCAGGAAGGCUGCAUCCACAUUAUUUCCGUCUAUGAGUUCCUUGUUGAGGAGGAAGAAAGAUCAUGGUCGAGCUGAGGCUCUACUCAUUGCCGCUUAUGGCAAAGGCCUGAAGUUGAGCACCAAUUCUUCGAGAACCUCAGAAGAAUUGACAUCUACUCUGACCCAGGAGACUGAUAAAGGAGCGGAAACACAGUACGGAAUUAACUGAACUGCAUGAUUUGCCACAACCCGCUUAUUAUUCUGUUCCAUCUUUCUGUUUCUGCUGACAAAUGCUACAAAAUGAAGUUCACAGCAGGAAUAGGAAUGAAAGGAAGAAUUGCUGAUGGAUCUGCUUAGAAGGUUUCUGUCAUUUGACAGUUAAAAUUACCCGAUUUUUCGUUUUUGUAAUUGGUACCAUUCUUGGUUUUCCUUUCAGGGGCUGCUGGUUUGGUCUUUGCUCACACUCAUGCAGAUAGGCACAACUGGUGUUAUUGAAACUUGCUGGUGGGACUUUUUGGUUGCCCAUCUAGCGCAAUAGAUAUUGAUCAUAUAAAUUCUAGUGGAAAGUGCUAGCGUAGCUGUUACUGAUUAAUUUGCCUAUGUUGAGCUAUUGAGUAGCAUUCGAAUUCAUUUUUCUAUUAGUCUAGGCUGCGUUUGGAUCUUUUCUUGUCAAGCCGAAGGGAAACUACAGGGGGGGAUGUAAUUUACUCGAAUAAAUAUAAAUUCUAUAACUACCUAUUUUACUUUC